AAUCACCUGUAGCCUGAAUGAGUGAUGACUCUUCAUGACAGCUCAUCCAGGAGCCAUAAAGCCGUGCAGUGCCCUGUCUCUUCACUCUUCUACCUCAAGGAGCAUUGCAACAGCAUCAAGACAUUGGGAUGACUUGAACUAAGAUGAGUACGGCUGGGAGGUCAUUAGAGACUUCGAAAUGGUGGAAGUGUGUUGCUAGUGUGAAGCCGGAUUAUGGAGGCAUGGAAAAGUCACGUGCGAGCUGCACUGAUCCACAGAGACUGCUUACAGAAAGAUCCCUUCUCUGGACUCUUCACUAAAAUGUCUAGAUUAGAAGAAAUGUUAAAUCUCCAAAUGGGUGUAUGGGAGGAUUUGGAGAUAGACAGAAUACAGAGUCCAAAUACAAAUGGAGUAUUGCAAUGCCCAGUUGAGGAGAAAAACCCCCUGAAACUCUAUCUGCAGCUCAAAGAGGAAGAACAAGUCAGGCAAAAGCUUGCCCAGAAAGUCUCAGACCUAACCAGCGACCUUUACCUGAAGGAAGCAGAGCUGCAGUACUGUCACUCACAAGUAAGCCGCUACCGCACUGAAGCUGUUCUUUUGGCCAGAGGAGCGUGCUGUCUCAAAAACGAUCUGUCCGAGUACGAGUAUAAAUUGGAGUGUCAGUCAAAGCAGUUGGCCACGUUGCAAUCAGAGCAGAGGUCACUGAGGGAGGAGCUGGCACUUGUACGUCAGGAGAAAGAGGAGCUGCUGGAACGCUGGUUGGAGGAGAAAAGAGAGGAGGCAGAACGAAUUAAUAAGCAUAAUGCUGCACUGGAAAAGUGGAACAGUUACGCUGGUCGACUGAACAGGCGUCUGUAUUCGGGGCCUCGUCGGCAAACACGGCCAACUACUAACAGCCGAGUUAUCCAAAGAGAUUCAGCUGAUCAACCAUCCACCAAGCAGGACUAAAUACUUCACUGAUUUACUUUUAAUUCAGUUUACUGACAAUUUGCACUUUACUAAAGGUUAACUGUGUAUAUAUAUAUAUAUAUAUAUAUAUA